CUCCAGUGCGGCUGGGCAGGGCUAUUGCUGCUGCCGCUGAGAGGCUUAGCUGGGGGUGCCCGGCCGGCCGGGACCAUGGCGCUGAGGAAGGCAGCGCGACCGCGCUCCGCAUCAGGAAAGCUAGAAACGUUCCCCCGCGGCAGCAUUCUGAAUGAGCUAAGGCAGUCGACGGCCAAAACCGAGGCUUCAUUUCGACGUGCCCAGACUUCGCUAGGAGGCUCCAGAUUGCAAGCUGCCUCUCCAGUUUCCCUCAGGAGCUUUUUGGAAGAAGCACGAGAAGAAAGCUCUUGGCUUCCAGAAUGGCUGGUGAAAGAGUUAUUGAAAGGGCAGCAGAGGAGUCACUCAGUAGGACUCCUGGAGAAUAUAUUGGAGCAUGAAGGUUUUCAGCAUCAUGUUGACUCUGCCAAGAGUCUGAGGAAAGGAAAGAUUGAACAACAAGUGACCCUUGAACAACUUCAGAAACUAAAUACAGCUUUUCAGGAGUUAGAAAAGAAUGGAUGUAAGUCACUGGAUAUCAAGAAAUUCAAGCAGGUAAUGAAGACGUGUAUGACACCACAUAGAACAAGUGAUGAACAAAUAGAAAAACUUUUCAUGAAAAUAGACUGUGCUGCAACUGGAAGAAUUCAGUGGGAUGAAUUCUGUACAUACAUGCAGCUAGAAUAUGCAGAACAAGAUGUGUCAUCUGCCCGAUUAAAGAAGCUGACAUUCUCGCUUCCUGCUGUGAUAGAAGAACGCUCUCAUGGAGAGCCUGUCCUACGCAUUUGUUCUCUGUUUGACAACACCUUAGUAAUGACCCAAGAAGAUGGAGUUAUUUCCUUCUGGUCUCCACAACUAAAGCUGAAACGAAGCAAGAUGGUUUUUGAAAAACCUGUCAACAAAAAAUCUAAAUGGGCAACAGAUUUCACUGUCAUGACACAUUACAACAAACUCAUCCUGGGAACUGGGGAUCGUGAAAUCCAGUUGUAUGAGAUGUCCAACUUUGAACCGUACUGCCAGAUCAGUGGUUUGGAAGCAAUCCCUUUAAAACUGGACUAUUGUUGCACCGAUCCCGACGAGUGCAUGAUUCUAUAUGGUGAUGACCAGGGAUGUGUGAAUAUCUUGCUUUUGUCUUCUGUGGGGGAACUUCUACGAACGUGGAAGAAACUGCCAAUGGCUGAAAACCUGCCUAGUAUUGGCAUUGAGAAUGCUGUUCUUUCUCCAAAUGUGACUUACAUUCGUUGGAAAGUGCAUGGAGACUGGGUUACACAGCUGCACUACUAUGAUUCCAUUAAAGCAGUGAUUUCUACCUCCAACCAUGAACCUACAGCUUUAGUAAUAGGGUGUAUUGUUGGCGCUACUAAUGUUGAGCAGCAGAUGAAAAAAAUAAAGGACCGUGGGAAAGAUUCAAAAGCAAGAAAAGGACAGGUGAUACCUAGAAUCCCUCCAAAGAGAGCUGAGGGAGAUCAGACUGUGUUUCAAGUCUACAAAGGAGUAAAAACAUUUGCAUUCUGUAAAAAGAACAACCUCAUAGUGACAGGUGGAAUGGAUCGAAUCAUCCGGAUGUGGAACCCUUACAUGUCUGGCCGGCCAACAGGCAUGCUCAGAAGCCACACAGCACCAGUCUGUUACCUCUCCAUAUCUGCAGAAGAUGCGAAAAUAUUUUCCAUGUCCACAGACAACACCAUUAAGAUCUGGGAUAUUGUGGACCAGACCUGUUUAUUUACAGCCAGUUCAAAAACCAGUGGAAUUAAGGGAGAGCUCACUGCUUGCCACUACACCCCAGGCACCAGAUCGCUUUGUGUUGCUGCCGAUACACUUGCACUUCUUUAUCUAAGAUUAAGGCCUCCUCCAGAGCCCCACUUGAUCGUGUCUCAUAAGGAGCCAGUUCUGUGCUGCAAAUACAACAAAGAGUUCAGGCACGUGGUGAGCUGCUCAGAGGGAUCUGUGGUUAAAGUGUGGGAUUUUGAAACAGGAAAGCAUUUAUUUGAGUUUAGUGGUGCUCAUGGAGGUGCUGCAAUAACCUGUUUGACCUUUGAUGUCAGUGGAAGAAGGUUAAUUACAGGAGGAAGAGAUGGAUGCUUGAAAAUAUGGAAUUACAACAAUGGACAUUGUUUGAAUACUUUGAAAAGGGAAGACAAAUGUGCUGAAGUCUGUGACUGCACCUACGUGGAGGUGAACAGAAGCAGGUAUAUCAUAGCUGUUGGAUGGGAUAGAAGAAUAAGCAUGUAUUUUGACUCUGCAGACGACCUUCAUCACUUUCAGAAACCUCAGCCCUAUUGGCAGGAUGAUAUAAGCUGUGGCCACAAGGAGGAUAUUCUAUGUAUUGCUCAGUGUCCACCUACUCUUCUUGCCACCUCCAGUUAUGAUGGUGAAAUUAUCGUUUGGAAUAUGAUCUCAGGACACAUAUACCGCAAACUUCACACAUCUUUUCCCACUCACUGUGCUGGCACAGAAGCUGUAGACACAAGUAUUACUCAACUCGUAUUUCUGAGGACUCGCGCAGUGAAAUUUGAAUCAACAGCAGCCUCUCUUAUUUCCAAUGGGCCUCAAGGUUCUGUCAACUUCUGGAGUCUGUUCAGUGGAAUCCCCCUUACAGCAAGCUUCAUACCUUCUAGAGUGAAAUCCCACAUCAGCAGUAUUGCUGUCACUGCGGACGAUUCCUUUAUUUAUGCAGCAGACGAUGAUGGAUAUGUGUAUGUCUACAGCAUCAAGGACUAUGCCCUUCAGGACCCAGAGCGAGAACCACCAAAAUAUGUGAAUCAUUGGAGAGCUCAUGUAAAUAUAGUUUUAUCAGUAGAGGUGGUUGAUGAAGAAAAAGUCCUGCUUUCCUCUUCUAUUGAUUGUACCGUUCGUCUGUGGAGUCUGGAUGGAGAGUACAUUGGGACUUUUGGGCAGGCAGAACCAUGGGAAAUUUUCACACCUGCCUCCUGGAAACAUCCCAGGGUUCCCUAUGAAAUCUUGAUAGACCCACAAAGCAUGCCAAUUCACCCCAUGCUAGAAGGAGAGCCACCUGUCUUACAACUCAUAAACACAGAGCCAAGUAAUGUAACUCUGGAAAACUCCUUAUCUAAGCAUGAAGUGAGCUAUAACCCCAAAUUUCCCCAAGUCACCAAGCCUGACCUGGAUAUCAAAGAGGAAAUCAACCAGCGGGCUUAUGCACAAGCUUUGGGUAAAAGAUUGAAGCAGGAGCAUUACAAGAAGAUAAACAGACCACUUGCUCCUGGGGGCCAGAGUACAUAUCACAUAAUCAACAGCUGUGAAGCUGUCAUUGCUCCACCAAUAUGUGAAAAGCCUGACUUGUCUGUUCUUGGCACAGUCUACUUUUAUGAAGAAUCAUUAGGGGAAGAUUAGAGCAAUAAUUCUGUAGGUAAACUGAGCACAUGACGAUGUGUCUCUUCAGUGGUAGCAAAGCAAUUUGUUAUUUUUGUUCCUGGUCUAAUUUUUCCUCUGUUGUUUUGACAGAAAUAAACUUAAAAUAGGCAGCUGUUUCUUAAUCACUUCUGGACAAUUUAUCCUUCUAAGCUUCCUACUAUAGUGGCUCAUCAGUUAAUUCUAUAGAGCUGGACUUAUGUGGCAUUUAAACAAGAAUUAUAUAAGCACAAAGUGAAACCAGAACGUGACUGUUAAAUAAACAAUUCCCUAUUAGCUAGAACCUGGUGAUAUAAUAGCACUGUGGAGGCAUAGUACAUCUGCACACUUAAGGCCUCAGCAGCCUUGUUGUAGGUCUAGUGAGACUUAUGUAACCAGCUCUCUGGCUUUGGGGGGUCCAAGCUAUGGUUGUAUUGCAUAUACGCCUGGGGCACUUCUGCACCGAAAAAUUAAAAAAUUCAUGCACAAUAUUUUAAAGUUCUGCAAAAUUCUGCAUAUUUUUUGUCAAAAUAACACAAUGUAAUCAUACCAGUUUCAAUUAUUUGUGGUCAUUUAUUUCAAAAUACCUGUCAGCAAAUAACAGUACAGACAACAAAAAAAAUUCAGGAAAUGUUUCUUGACAAAUAUUCAUUAGUUAGGCAUCUUAAUACAGAACUCUGAGUAAUAAUUCAUUCAAACUACACUACAGAACCAUAUUUCCCACACCCCUCAGAAACAGUGCAAAGGCUGUUGGAGUGAGGGGUAAUGGAGGAUCUGAGGGAGAGGGAAGUAAAUUGCUGGGAAGGAGCCUGGGUAUGAACUUAGAGGGUUGUUGGGUAUGGGUGGGAAAAGUAUGGACCAGGUUUUUUCGGGGGCAGGGUGGGAUUGUUAGGGAGCUUCCCCCAUGCAGACCCUGGCUGACUCCUAGCCUCUCCCAUUCAGUCAGGCACACCUGCCCCUGUCCCCAUGUGUUCCUUCACCCCGCAGACACCCACUCCCCCAUCUGGCUCUGUACCCCUGUUCUUGCCCCCAUUCAGCCACCCUCUGUCCCCUCUCCCCCUCCAUCACCAUGUGGGCCUGUGCCUCCACUCCCAUUCAGCCCCUGCCCUGGUCCAUCCUCCCCAACUAGCCUUUAUGAGCCUGCAUCUGACGCCCCGCCCCCAGAACCCUAUGCUAUCUAUCUCCCCCUAGCCCCCAUCUCCUGACCUGGCCUGACAAGCACUGCAAAGGCAGGCAGGCUCUUUCUCUGCCUGAGCUCGCUGGGAGCAGCUGCUGUGUUCUAUUGCCACAGUGCCCUCAGGUGGGCAAAAGACAGAACUGCAGCAACAUUUUGGAUGAAGCUUUUUUCCACACAAAAAAUUAAAAACAUGCAUGGCUCAUUAACUAUGUGCACAUGCUGUAGUGCAGAAUUCCCCCAGGAGUAGCAUAUGCACCUGACAUGGAGUAGAUCAGUACUGGGAACGUGAGCAGUGAUCAGAAGAGCCUGCCCUGUCAAACAGUGUGCUGAUACUACAGCUACUUAUGGUAGCUCAGGAGGGGCCAAGGCAUGAGGGAACUGAGCAACUGGGUAAAAGUUGCAGGCAGGAGUAUGCCCCCAUCAGAGCUAGUGGAGGAGGCAGGAACAGAAACAGGACCAGGAAAAGGGUGUAACUGGCUUCCUUAGUGCUGACUAAUCAGGUAUGGGCUGCACAAUUAAAUCGACUCUGUUCAGUGGUGCCAAGCUUACCCUUUUGUUUGUAGUACUUAAGUUGUUCUUUAUAGCAGCAAGCAAGCCUCUCCCAGCUGCAUGCUACUGUCCUGUAGCUCUUAUUGGGCUGUCUAUUUAACAGGAAGGCUUCACUACCACAUUGUGUCCUCCACAUCAAUUGUUUCUUUGCAAGAAAUUCCUGAGGGGAGAAUCUUAAUCUUUACCUGGCUUUUUAAGAUGGCCCUCCACCAAAGCUGCUUAGCAUAGGAGAAAAGAGAGCUCCCUUUUCUCUAACUGGUAUUCUGUGAGAUAGGUUGCUCAUGUCCAUUCCACAGUAGGUGUGUGCACUCGCCCCAUGCACUCGAAGUUUUUCCCUUAGCAGUACCCAUAGAGGAGCACCCUAGCAACCUCAGCAUGGCACAGUAUGAGGGGUGCUGUGUGCCCUCCCCCCAGUUCCCUCUUACCGGAAAACUCCAACCGUGGGGAAGGAGGGCAAGAUGUGGAAUGGACAUGAGCACCACAGCUCAAAGCAUACCAGCUAUGGAAAAGGUAACUGUCUUUUCUUCUUCGAGUGAUUGCUCAUGUGCAUUCCACAGUAGGGGAUUCCCAAGCUAUACCUCUUGGAGGUGGGUAGGAGCUCACAGACACUCAGGAUGGAGCACUGCCCUGCCUGGGUUUCUCCAAGGCAGCAUAAGCAACUAGCGUAUGGGUCACUUAUGGGCAUAGA